CUGCCCUUUCACGUUACAAUCAUUCCUCGAGGAUAGGAGUUCAAUUCACCUUCACACUCAUCCCAAGAUUGCUCUCAGGUGACUCAAGCCCGCAGACAUGAUCGACCUGCUCCCUACCGGAGACUGAGUAGCCUGACUUGCAUCCCAAACGAGAGCCAUGACAUUCUGCUUAGUCCGCUGCGCAUGCUCGACAAGCCAAAGGAAAUCUGCGCUGAGCAUUAGCGACUUGUGGCGACGAGAUCUUCAAGCUAGGCGUCCGCAGGGAUGGGAAGCCUGGCUAGCAGGCACAGAGCGACUACAGAUCCGAGGGUCGAUUGCAGGCGGUCGAACCGCUGUAGCGGGGGAACCUGAGCUCUGGAACAUUGGAAACGAUGCUCGGCAAGGCAGGUAUUCCAGGCCUCAUAAGCAGACUGUAUCGAGGCUCCACGCGCCGGGUCUUUUAGCUUCAGGGCAUCGACUGCAGUCAACUUUCGACGACGUCCAUCAUUCGAGGAGCCGAAGCUUCUCAAAACGCGCAACGACGGAGCCUUCGUCUCCACACGACGGGACUACCUCUCGCCUAACGUCUCGAGCCAGCCAAGAGGGUACAGUACGCGAGGAGGGGGGUGAUGCAGUGAGCCCGGAUGUGCGAAAGAAGCUGGGGAACCUCGAAUAUGAGCUCGAGAUAGAUCCAUUCGUACAUAUGCUCGCCGCCCCUCUGAGGCGGUGCGUCCUCACUUCGGCCAUUUUGCCAGUCUGCUAGCCAUGCCCCAACCAUCCUCUGAGCAGCCUGCAAGAAAUUCUGUCAUCCAGGAGAAGAAUGAUCAUCUGAACCUGCAGGAUGUUGGAGACAAAGGCCAUACUGGGCGCAGGCGCGAGAACAACCCAAAGUCUGCUCGAUUAUCACGUAUACAAUUUCCA